GAGGGAAAAGCCCAACCUCUGGCAGUUUUAUUCGCAGAUGCACGCCGACUACCAAGUGUACACUGCGGGUAGCGGGGGGACUCUGCGCGAGAUACAGCUCCACCGAAGAAGGAUGUCGGAAACUUACGAUAAGCAGAAGACGAUCGAACUGAGGCGGAAGCAUGUCGGUCCGUCGUGCAAGGUCUUCUUCAGCCAGGAUCCAAUCAAAAUCGUCCGAGCCAGAGGCCAGUACAUGUAUGAUGAGAACGGAGAGCGCUACCUGGACUGCAUCAACAACGUAGCCCACGUGGGCCACAGUCACCCGGAUGUGGUGAGGGCAGGAGCCGCACAGAUGGAACUCCUGAACACCAACUCCCGCUUCCUGCAUGACAACCUGGUCCAGUACGCCCAGCGGCUGCAGGCCACCCUCCCCAGCAGCCUCUCUGUCUGCUACUUCGUCAACUCCGGAUCCGAGGCCAACGACCUGGCCCUGAGGCUCGCCCGGCAGUACACCGGCCACGAUGACAUCAUCACCCUGGACCACGCAUACCACGGCCACGUCUCCUCGCUCAUCGCCAUAAGUCCGUACAAGUUCCACGAGAUGGGGAAUUCUGGAAGGGAUCAGGGUGUUCAUGUGGCUCCCAGCCCUGACGUCUACAGAGGGAAAUUUCGCGAGGACCACCCGGACCCCGCCACCGCGUACUCGGACGAGGUUCGGGACAUCCUGCAGAAUGCCCACAAGAAGGGCCGCAAGAUCGCCGCGUUCAUUGCCGAGUCUCUGCAGAGUUGUGGCGGGCAGGUCAUCCCUCCGCCGGGGUACUUCCGGAAAGUGGCAGAGCAGGUGCGGCAGGCGGGCGGGGUCUUCAUCGCGGACGAGGUGCAGGUGGGGUUCGGUCGGGUGGGGUCCCACUUCUGGGCGUUCCAGCUGCAGGGCGACGACUUCUGCCCCGACAUCGUCACCAUGGGCAAGCCCAUCGGCAACGGGCACCCCAUGUCCUGCGUGGUGACCACCCGCCAGAUCGCUGAGGCCUUCACGUCCUCCGGCAUGGAGUACUUCAACACGUUUGGCGGUAACCCCGUCUCCUGCGCCAUCGGCCUGGCUGUCCUCGACGUCAUCGAGAGGGAGGAUCUCCGUGGCAACGCCCUGCGGGUGGGGGGCUACCUGACCCGGCUUCUGACUCAGCAGCAGGAGAAGCACGCCCUGAUCGGGGACGUCAGGGGCGUCGGCCUGUUUGUGGGGGUGGAGCUUGUGAGAGACCGAGUGAAGAGGACGCCGGCUACUGCUGAAGCCCAGGAAGUCAUUUACAAACUGAAGGACCAGCGGAUUCUCCUCAGCGCAGACGGGCCUCACCGGAACGUUCUGAAGUUCAAGCCGCCCAUGUGCUUCUCCGAAGACGACGCCCGGCUCGUCGUCGGCGAGAUCGACAAAGUCCUUACAGAGCUUGAGAAAGCGACGGGGCUCCACUCGCAGGCCUGCGCUGCCGUGGAGACGGGAAGCAGCAAGCGAGCCAGGGCCUGUGAGGAAAAUGGCCGCCAUCACUCGAGCGGGAAGGAGCAUUUUAGCGAGUCCUGCAGACAGGAGGAGGCGCACCGCCAGAGUGACAGAGCGCCCGCCAAGCGGCUCAGGACGUGAUGCUCGGCCGCGGACCUCACCCCCAUCCCUGCCCCCCGCCCCCCCGCCCCCCGCUGCCCCACCCGCACAGUCCUGGACCUCAUUCGCACCCGGGACCGCGUACGCUCUGUCUCUCCAGCCCUCUGGGUGGAGCUACUCUGCAUGGCCUUUGCUGAAACACGUACAAGCACAACGCUAAUGAAGCCUAAUCAUAUUCAGGGAUCACCUCUUUAACAACCGCGAUCGCGAGCAGUUGAUUUUCAUGUUUUAACGGUUAACGCGAAAAUGUUUUUAAAUGCGCUUUUAGAAAGAAAUAAGUUUACUCAGAGAAGACGUACUCUGUCUUCACGCCCACACUUUGAAAUAUUUCUUUUUUUUUUGUUUUUCUUUCGUGUGGUGAUAUUAACUUUAUGUGACAUACUCAGAUGGACCUUUCCCGCCUUCCUGUAGCCAGUGUUUCCGUUUCUCCGGGGCUUCGCGGGCCUCGCUCCCGUACGCCACAGUGAUGAAACGCUGAGGGGGUUUUUAUGGGGCUGAAGCAGAGCUGGUGCCAGCUGUGGCCUUCCAUAUCACCACCAACUCAAUGCCUGUCAGUGUGAUUUUAAGAUGAACACACACACACACACACAUAAAUAUAUACAUGCAUUAUCUCAUACACACACACACACACAUUACACAUGCAUUAUCUCAU